GACCACUCCAUGGAACUCCACAAUGACCCGAGAUUCUUUGCCAGCAACGUCAUAGAGAAGCGCCUGACCGCCUUCAACGGGCUCGCCCUGAUCGCGAGCUUGAGCACCGGUAGUGCGCUACUUCAGUGUUUCAGGCUGUCCCGGAGCGUGGAAAUGACCGACGGAGUGUCUUUUCUAGACGGACUGGAGAUCGUUGGAUUUUUUAUGAUGGCGGCCGUAUUGUUCAUGAGCCUCUCUGCAACGAUCAUCUUCCUAUAUCAGACAUUUUUUACAAACCGACUGGUGACAGCUGGGGCUACAGGACUCGAACUGGCCUCUGGCACGGUGGCGCAUUUGCUACCAGACAUCGUGACUUGGCGACAUUUUGCUGUGAAGUGCCUUGGCUACGGAAUGCCGUUGAUUAUGCAGUCGGCUGGAAUCUUGAUGUACGUGGACGUUUGCAGAAGAGACUUUGUGCUUGAUGUCAAGGUUGCUGGCGUGAAGCUGCAAGUGCACCCUUUGGCAGUGACGAUCCUCGGCUUGUUCAGUCUAGGUGCGUUUGUGCUGUACUACCUGACAGGGGCCCACAACCGCGUCUUCCAGGAGCAGUACAUUCGGCGCGUGCGCCCCGAGGGUAGGCGUCUGCUAGACACUGGCGACGAUUAUGCAUGA